AUGAUUAGAUCGUGCAUUUGGGCUGUUUGCUUGUGGUCAGCGCUUGCUACCGAGCCGACUCAAGGCAUCAAUAGUGAGAUCAUAACGUCUGACGGAAAGCAGUACGUCUCCAUCUAUGGCGAGAUUAAGUCAGAUGCUUACGACAAGCAGCUUUCCUAUACCACGUCUAAGAUUUACCAGAUCGUCGAUAAGGAUGGGCACGUUGUCAGUCGAUGGGAGCUUAAGUCCCUGGUGAAGGUCCUCAUCAAGAUGGAAGCGCGCGCAGUCAUAGAUUAUGCCAAGCGCUUCGAUGCGUAUAAUGCUGCAGAGACCUUAGAAAUCACUACCCUUCGAUGCCCAGACUUCACGGAUACAAAUAUCGGCCACUGCAAAAGAACGCCCUAUGGGAACAAGGUUCGCAAACUGCAGCAGGUCGACCCACACAAAGUGUGGAAGCCAGGUCUCCCACGUUUAUCAUACACAGUGACUGCUGUCAUAACCAUUGAGGAGGAAGACGGAACGGUUAACAAGUAUGACGUCAUCUUCAACGAGCACAACAAGAAGGGACCUGUCAUAGAUGGAAAUUCAUACAUGCAGACCGUGGUUGUUUCCACAGGCUCCACAAAUAACAUGUUCUGCUUUGGCUGCUACGUGAUACACAGGGAAAACGAGGGAGUGCUCAAUAGCAUGGCAGUGCCUUUUGAUGUUGUCGGGUUUGGUGGCACAAACUUACUGGGCAUGCUCCCGAGCGUCUGGAAGAGAGCCGUUAUAGCUUCAGACUCUAGCACCAGGACGAAUGAGCUGACAUUCAUAGGCAGUCCGCCAACCCCUGACGUGUUUCCUGCCGAUCAGCUACUAAACUACAGGGAUGAUUCACCUUAUUUGCCAAGCAAUUGCAACUGUGUAGAGGGGUGUAACAUGAGUGGCGAUUCAGCACAAACCGUAAAGUAUGCAUGCAGCGAUGAUAUUCUUCUAUUGGCAUUUAGUCUACACAUUUCAGCAGACAGUGUCACGCUCACACAACUCAUAGGCAAGCCGGUUGUGCUUCAAUCGGUAGUGAGUCUCGUCCGCAGGCAGGCCAUCUUGAACAUUACAGUUGGGAACGAAGGCAUGAUGCCGGGAGUAGUGACAGUCAAGCUUCUUCGGUGCAUUUCGAGCUCUCCAAUCGUUGGGUCCUUUACUUAUACAGGAAAGCCUAUCAAGCACUUCAUUGACGUGGAUAAGACAGCCAUCUACAGCUUUUUGCUGACGAGCCCGGCAAAUGUCAUCGUUGCCGAAUCUCUUGCUUUGAGCCCAGGAAGGUGUAGUAUACAAUUUCUCCAAGCCGCGGGGCCCGAAAGCGAGUCCCAGGCGGCUACUAGCGAAGCCACUAUCUCUUGGCUAGGGACAGUAUCUGGAUAUGCGCCAGGAACCUACGUGAGGAUAGACUCUCCUGUACAGUGUGUAGACCCAGACAUACGAUUUACAGCUCCACAAACAUCCACCCUUGUAUGCCUAGUCGCCUGCUCAUGUGAUCAGACCAUGGAAAUGGGUGAUAUUCCGUCAUGCAGGCCGGUCGACUGCCUAGCUAAGUAUGGACAUUCUCGUCCAUACUUCUCGUCCAUAAGAGGCGUGUGCAUAUCCACAGAGGAGAAGGCAGCGGAAGAUGGGGUAAGCGCAGACGAUCUCUUCAUCCCUCAGUACAUACCAUUUACUAAUAUUUCUGUAGAUUGUGGAAAGGGAAAGAAAAAUAAUAGCACCAACAUUUUGGCAGUUCCAUGCGUCUGCCCAGAGGGAGCAACACGCUAUGAAACGCGUGAAGAUAACAAGCUUUACAUGUGUCUCGACGACUUUGUUUUUGCUGAUCCUGAAGUUCCGUCGUGGAAAAACACAGUUUUCCGGGACGUAAUAGAGUUCUUUGAAAAGCUGAAGGGGAAGGGCUUCUUUGAAAUUGUAAGGCUGUUUUUUACGACGAGGGUUGGGCGAAUUCUUUUGCUUAUCAUGUCAAUCAUCCUACUCAUCAUUUUUGUCCCCCUUUUUGUGAGGCUUUGCCCACUGUGUGUCAGGUGCUUUAUGUGCUGCUGUAAGCCAUGCAAAUCUAGCUAUCAGCUGUGCAGGAAGCCGCCAAAGGAUACGAUCCAGAACGCUGAAAACUGCUCAAGAGCCACUGGUUCUGUAGCUCUUUUACAUGACACCCUGGAGGUAGAGGCAGAGACCGCCGAUAAAUCUGCUUCACUGAUAUCACCGGAUCCACUAAUACCAGAGGAUGUGAUGGUCUUUAAUAAGCUUACAGCCGAGUUAUCAAGAUAUGAUAACAUUCUUAUUAGAAAUUCUAUAUUGAUGAAACAGAUUGAAAGCAUAAGCAAUUUAUAUGCACUUUUUGAAAAGAAAAUGAGCAACAAGGAUGAUGCAAGUGGCCCUGUAAAGUAA